AUCGUGUUCCUGGGGAUAUUUUCCAACGUCAUCAACAUGGUGGUAUUCCUUAAGCAAGGUGUGGGCGACAACGUCAAUCUCAGCCUGUUUGCGUUGGCUGUCUCUGAACUGUGCUCUCUCCUGCCAUUGGUCUGGCACGGGUUUAUCGCUCACACGAGAUUUCUCGGGCCGGACGUGGAUUUUGUCGGAAGCGAAGUCCAUUUUCUGACCACAGGAUGGCCGCACACGAUCUUCACCAAGGUGACCAGCUGGGUCACGGCGUUCAUCAUGUUUGAGAGGUGCCUCUGCAUCGCCCUGCCCUUGAAGGUGAAAACGGUCCUGACGACGACUCGCGUCAAACUGUGCCUCGUUUCCAUUUUCGUGCUCGUGUUGGCCGGGGUGGUUCCCACUUAUGCCACACAUAGUCUUGGCUGGAAAUUUUACCCGGCGCUCAAUCGGACCCUCCUGGGUUUGAAGAAGACAGACAACGCGCGGGACGUGACACAGAUUUCAAAUUUAAUCAACAAUUCCAUCUCCUCGUUCAUCUCCUACUCCGUCACACUCGUCUGCACAACUAUAAUCAUCUUCCAACUCAACAAGAAAACAAAAUGGCGGGAAACCACGGCCGGGUCGGGAGACAAGGGAAGUAACCCCGUUUCUGCUCGCGAUCGCCGCGCGGUCAAGACGGUGACGAUCGUUUCCGGGAUUUUUCUGGUAAGAGUGACGCCGUCCAUCGUCGUCGUCAUGGCAACGUCAAUUGACGACCAGUUCACACUGGCGGGAAAAUAUGGCAAUCUCUUGGUGCUUAUCUACGGGAUCAUCUUUGACUUGGAGGCCUUGAACUCAAGUGUGAACAUCUUGGUGUAUUACAAGACAAACCGUCGCUAUAGACAUACGUUCAAGUCU